AUGGAUGUUAAAAAAAUCGAACAAACUGUGAUUGAAUAUGUUGAGGAAAUGAAAAAGGCAGAGAAUAACCAGCAUAUGGAAAAACGUGAAAAUUUCAAUGAAAAUGGUGACGAAAAAAUAGGAUAUAUUAAUGGAAUACAAAUACAAGAGCUAGUAGAAACAUUUCCCAAGAAUGAACAAAUCAGACAAAAUGAAGAAUAUAUGAAAGAUUCAGAAAAUUUACAAGAUUUACAAAAUGGCCAAAAUAAUAUUAACAGUGAAAAAACAGAAAAUCUUAUAAAUUUGCCUAUUAGUACGUUUCAUAAAAAAAAUACUAAUUGUGAUGAAGGGAGUGAAAUGGAAAAUGGUUUUUGCCAAAGUACAGAAAAAAAGAUUCUCACAAAAAUUCUAAAACUUAAAGAAGAUAAAUCAAAUGAAGGAACUGUCAUAAAUAAUCCUAAGUCUAGUACUGGCACUACAUCGAUAAAUAUAAUAAACCCUGAAUGCUGUGACGAAGAAGUCAUGAAAAAUGAAGAAAAUGGAGAAAAUUGCGAAACCCUUUUAGAGUUAAUCAGUAAAAAAUCAUUAUUAGAAAAUGAUAAAAUAAAAAAAAAUAUAUCUUCAAAAAAUUUUUAUAUAAUUGAUGAAGAUGUGCUUGUAAAUAUAACUAUGAUAUUCGAUAAAAUAAUAUUAAAAUUAAUAUAUUUUUAUAAAAAAAAUAAUUUUGAUAAUGAUAAACAGAUUGAGCAUUUUCACAAUUUUUUUAAAGUCCUAUAUAAAUUAUUAAGCAAUAUAAGUUACCAUCCUAAGGAUACAAAAUACAAAACGAUUAAAAUGUGUAAUAAUCAAAUAAAACGAACUUUUUUAACAAAUGAUGAUAUUUUUAAUUUAGUUAAAUUAUUAUUUGAAAUUCUCAAUUUUAACACUAAUUGUUUUAAUAGUGAUACUGAAAUUGUAAAUGAACAGAAUAAAGAUAGUAUGAUUAAAACUGAUAAGAAUAGCGAAGAUAAUAGUAAUAAAAUUAUAAACAAUGGGAUGUGGAAAUUUGAAAAUGAAUUUUCUGAUCUCGAAUCAAUUUUAUUUGAAUUUGUUUUAUCCUCUAUCAAUAUAAUUAUGGGGAUGAUAAAUAAAAAGAUUCAUUCAUCAAAUAAUGAAAGUGAAUUUAUGUCUAAUAAAAAAAAUGAUACAGAUGUUAAAGAGGGAUGUAGUGGAGAUCCUAUAAAAAGCUGUAUAUCUGAUCAUAAUUCAAAUAAAAUAUUAAAUAAUGAAGCAAAAAAUAAAUUAAUAGAAAAACAUGUUAAUAAUAUUAUGCCCACUAAUAAUAAACUACUUGUUAUUCGUCAAAAGGAUAUAGAAGAAAAAAAUGCUUUAAAUGAUAUUAGAAAAUUACAUAACGAAAAAUUUAAUGCCUAUAGAAAUAAUGAUGGAUAUAAUAAUGAUAAAAAUAAAAAUAAAAAAGAUGAAACAAAAUCUACCUUAUUUAGUAAUAAAUCUGAAAAUAAUAGUCUCAAAAAAGGUGGGAAAAAAAUAAAGCGUUUUUUUAAAAACUUAUUUAAAAAGGAUUAA